GGCUGCGAGGGCUGCUUCCUGCUGGGAGAGAUGCUGGCGGGAUGCUGGGAGUGGGUUCGGGAGGUAGCGGUAGGUCGGAGGUGCAGAUGGACGCGGCACAGGAACACUACCAUUAUCAGCAGGGACACCACCAAGGGCAGCAGCAGUUCGCGGGCGUCCCCCGGCGUCUGUUCGGCUCCCUCCGGCCCCAGCCCCUGGCCGCUGCUGCUGGUGCUGCAGCCCCUCAUCCCGCGGGGCCGUGGCCAACCAUGGAAACAACGGAGGGUGGCGAUGCUACGGCAACAGCAACAGCAGCAAUGACCGCGCACCAAGCGCACGCGCCAGUAGCUGCGGAAGCAGCAGCGGCGGCGGGAGCGGCUGCUGCCACCGUAUAUGGACCAGCGGCUAGCGGCGGCGGCGCCAGUGCGGGUGGCGGGGGCCCCAGUGCUGGUACUGGAGGCGGUGGCGAGGAAGCAGCAGCCUCCCCCUCCCCCUCCAGGUCCCAUCACACCACCUCGCGGUCACAGGCGACGAAUCGCUCGCCGCCGAGCGCCCAGAGGCGACCACAGCAGCAGCAGCAGGGGCUCGCGAGGGCGGGCGGAGCGCCGUCCUCGGUAUCACGUCAGCAGUAUCGUGGUGGUCGUGGUGGCGGGGGUGGCGGUGGGGUGUCACCGGAGGAGGAGGACGCAGCGACGAGGAGGAGGACGCCUGAGCGGGGGUCUGUGGGGGCGCGAGGAGGUGGAGGUGGGGGAGGUCGUGGUGGCAGCCAUCUGCAGCAGACGAGUAGUGGGCGUGGUAGCGGUGGGGGUCGGGGUGGGGGAAGAGGAGGAGGUGGGGCUACUUCUUCAGAGGCGGCCACAGCGUCCUCACUGCAGCUACGUAGGAGUCCGCGGCUGGCCGCUCGGAGCCAUCAGCAACAGCAGCAGCCUGGGGAAGGGGAAGAGUGAAUGGGUGAGGGAACACGGGAGCUUCUGAGCAUGGCCAUGGGGUUGGUGUUUUUUAGACAAGCGUUGGAUACGGCUGGUUGUGCGCCAUGUGAAGUAGCGCCCGUGAAGGUAAACGGCGGUGUACGGAGGAAGUUGCUGUGGCUGCAGGGCUUUGGAGGAGGUUGGGGAUUGCGUUGGGAGCGUUGUGUUGGGCAAAGCCUUGGACAGGCGGUUAGUUGGCAGGUAGCGUUGAGGUUUCUGACAGUCCAGAAGGUUUGGAAGGGGUAUACAUGGAAAAGAGGCCUCGUUGGGUAUUGGAUGGUGGGUCGAGGCAUCGAAGAGGGGUUGAGGUCCCAACAUCGCAUCCCAGCCGAGUGACGCGAAGGCGCUCAUGUGGCGUAUGAACUGACGGCCUGAUGUGUUGGCCUAUGGGCUUCGUGCUUGUGUUUAUGCUCUCUGGAGAGUUGCAGAGUUGCUUUCUGGGCAAACCUUGUUGCGUAGCUCAUCUCCACGUUGACCUGCUACUUGUUGUAGAGGUUGUGCUGACCCGUUGGUAAUGACAGAGCGGAUGGGAACGUCACCACUGGUGUUGCGCACCAUAAAGGAUUUGGUAUGGGGGCCAUGGUUACUGGUCGUCUAUUUUGGGGCCAUUGUGUUGGCAUUGGCCACGAACCGAAGAUGCUUGCAUGUGCGGAUGCUUAUAGAUGCGUCCCUCAGGGUUGUGUGGGAGCGUGACUAGCUGGGCCGCAGGCCACGGGCAGUAAAGGAGAAUGACAUGCGUGAGGGCUCAAGGGUUGGUGUCAUGCACACGUUGGAAG